AUUUUACUAACCGUCCUCAAGCUCAAUCCAAACUGGCUUAAAAAAAGGAUCGAAAGCGGUGGCUGUGAUGCUCUUCCGGUGUCCGCGUCUUCCUCCGCGCAAUCCAUAUCGUCCAUCGACCAGACAAGGACGAGCCAAAGAGCAACCACUGCCCGGCAUCCGGCGCACCGCUUCGACAGACCCACCGCGGUACCACCGACCUUCCACCGCUCCCGUCCGCCUCACCGCCAUACUACUUCUGAUCGACCAUUCAUUACUCUUCCAUAUCCAGUGAAUUGGGCAUCGCCUAUCACCAUCAGACUUAGCACAACUUUCUCAAUUAGUCAGUCUCCCUUAUGCGUACAGCUUCUUUAGUGAACUAUAGUGGAUUUCGGUUUCUUCAAAGCUGCAUCAACGGUCUUCUUCAACUUCCCCGUACUUCCUCUACACCGUUCUCUCUGCAGUCCAGCUUUCGCAUAUUAACUAUAAUGGAUUCACACAAAAACCCAACCUCUUCUUUUUCUGGGUUUGCACCUUCAAAGCACAGCCACGGUAGAGGGAGAGGAUUUAAUGCAAGGGGUAACAGUGAAAGGUCGAGCAGUCUUGGUGGUGGCUAUGGAAAAGAUAAAGUUGAUGCUCUUGGUCGGUUACUAGUUCGAAUUCUUCGUCACAUGGCUUCAGAGCUAAAUUUGAAUAUGAGGAGCGAUGGGUUUGUCAAGGUCCAAGAUCUAUUGAAACUACAUCUAAAAACAUUUGCCAAUAUUCCAUUGAGGUUGCACACAGUUGAUGAUAUCAAAGAGGCAGUCAGAAAAGAUAACAAACAAAGGUUAAGCUUGUUAGAAGAAAGUGGAGAGCUUUGGGUUCGUGCAAACCAAGGGCACUCAAUAGAGACGGUUGAAACAGAAAGCUUGUUGAAACCGAUCAUUUCAGCUGAAGAAGUGCCGGUUUGUGUGCAUGGGACAUACAAGAAGGAUUUGCAAUCGAUUUUAGAGCAAGGUCUCAAACGCAUGAGAAGAUUGCAUGUACACUUCUCAUGUGGCUUACCAACCGAUGGUGGUGUAAUUAGUGGAAUGAGGCGAGAUGUCAAUAUGCUCAUCUUUCUGGAUGUCAAAAAAGCAUUGGAAGAAGGAAUGAAGCUUUACAUCUCUGAAAACAAAGUCAUCUUGACUGAAGGUUUUGAUGGAGUAGUGCAGCCUCUUUAUAGGACCUUGCAUAAUAAACCAAAACCUUACAUCCCGCUUUUCCUAAAGUCAAGGCAAUGGCUUUGCCAUUUCCUCUAGACUCUAGAGGCUCCAGUGACAACAACUACGGGGAGAUUCUACCUUUGGAAUCACUUCAGCAGCUUGUUCUACAUCAUAACGGGGAAACGAGCUUUUGGAUCCGCAUUUUGAUGUAUACCCAGAUCCACAUUGGAGCUUUAGCAGUGAGCAAGGUUGUCGCAACGUAGAGAAUUUCUGGUGGCCGUGGAGCGAAGAUUUCUUGGAAACUCCUGCAACGAAUGUAGACCUACUCCUUUAAAGCAAAGAAAUGUAGCUUGUAAAGCAUGCAGAUUUGUUGAUUUGAACAAAAAAGUUUUGAGAGAAGAAUAAGCAAUACAAGGAAGAAUUGAAAUCUAAAAGAGAAAACGCUUGAUGUGGCUGUUUUGGUUACGGUUGGGAGAAAGGAAGAAAGCAGCGAUUAGAAAAUCUCUUCAAAUCUCUUGAAGGAAAUCACUAUGAAUGGUUAUCCAAAUCCAUGAUUUCAUAAUUAUUUUCAAUACAUCUGAACUUUUGUUCUUUUUUAAAAUUCUGAAACAUCUAAACUUUAGUAUUAAAUAAUUUGUUAUUGAGUUUUAAAAAUUCUAAUUGAAUACACUUAGAUUUUUAUGAACUUUUAAAAAUCAAUAUUCAAUUACAGUAAUUAUUAGAUUGAGUCAAUAAAUGUAAACGAAAGUGAAUUUUAAUUUAUUGACGAAAUUGGGUUGCGAUUAGUCUAAGGAAAACAUUAAACGUUCUAUCUCUAAAAAAGAUAAAAAAGAAAGCAACAAAGGAAAAAAUGAAUAAAAAAACAUAAUAGUUCCCCCUUCUUGUUGCCAGGAAAAGCACAUUUGUAGUUUUGGUGCCCUGUGUUUUUAAAAAAAAUGAUUUAUUGCUUUAGCUUCUGUUUUUUUCUUUAAUGUUGCUUGUUAAUUUUGUAUUUCUAAGAAAGUAUGCCUCUUCCGGAGAGUUUUGGUUUUAUGUCCCCUCUCUUCUUGUACUUUCCUUAUUAAUAAAAUUUGGCUAGUGUUCUCC